AUGGCUAUCAUAGCUAACCCUGAGCCGAAUGCGACCUUUUUCACUCCUCGCUCUGACACCUACUUUGGUAACAAUCAUGUCUUCAACCAGACCAUCUUUGAUGAGACAAAGGCGUACUGGACGGGAGACAUCCUCAACGCAAGCAUGCUAGCCAAUAGCUGGUUGGCCCGGCAAAUCAACUCCAAGGAUUUCAAUCCCACCUACACCUUCACAGAAAUGAUGGGGCAUUUUACUCUUGGUAAGGUAGCUGUUCCCAUCAUCGCCUUUGGUGACAUGAAAACUGGACUUGUGAAUAAGACAGUGGUGGAGUACUUCCUUGGUACACUCGAUUUGGCUCAAUUUAAUGAGAUACUACAACAAACUGACGUGGAUACAGAACAUGAGCGUCUUCCUACCCAUCUUUCCUAG